GGGGCGAGGCUCAGUCAGGACAGGGAGGGGGAGCCGUGGAAUGGCGGACGGCCGGGCUGGCCCGCCCUGGUGGUAGCGAGCCCAGGGGCCCGGAGAGGACAGCACCGGAGCGAGAACAGUGCCUGAAGCAGGUCCACCAUGCCGUUAGUAACGAGGAACAUUGAGCCAAGGCACCUGUGCCGUCAGACGUUGCCUAGCGUUCGAAGCGAGCUGGAAUGCAUGACCAACAUCACCCUGGCAAAUGUCAUUCGACAGCUGGGCAGCCUGAGUAAAUUUGCAGAAGACAUAUUUGGAGAGCUGUUUACUCAAGCCAACACUUUUGCCUCUCGGGUGAGCGUUCUAGUCGAGAGAGUUGACCGCUUGCAAGUCAAAGUCACUCAGCUGGAUCCCAAAGAGGAAGAAGUCUCUCUGCAAGGCAUUAACACCAGGAAGGCCUUCAAAAGCUCCACUACUCAGGACCAGAAGCUCUUCGACAGAGAUUCUCUCCCAGUUCCUGUCCUUGAAACCUAUGGGACCUGCAAUACUCCUCCACCUCUCAACAUUCUCUCCCCGUACAGGGACGAUGGCAAAGAGGCACUUAAAUUCUACACAAAUCCUUCGUAUUUCUUUGACCUUUGGAAAGAGAAAAUGCUUCAGGACACCAAGGAUAUUAUGAAAGAAAAGCGGAAACAUAGGAAAGAGAAAAAGGAGAAUCCUAACCGAGGAAAUGUGAAUCCACGGAAAAUUAAAACCCGGAAAGAAGAGUGGGAGAAGCUGAAAAUGGGACAAGAAUUUGUUGAGAUAAAGGACAAACACGGUCCUGCUGGGUACCCCUCUAACAUGGUGUAUCAGAACGGCAGCAUCGGUUCAAACGAAAGCAUGGACGUGAACUGCUACCCGCCACCGCCGCAGACUGACUCUAUUGUGCCACCACCUCCUUCGUUCCCAGAUGACAGCCUGCCUCCACCCCCGGUGGAAUUUAGCUAUCCUGUAGACAACCAAAGAGGUUCUGGUUCUGGAGGCACCAAAAGAUCCAGCCUGGUCAGCCCGAGUCACCCGCCACCAGCUCCUCCGAUCGGAUCCCCCUCCGGGACCAGGCCGGGCUUUGCUCCCCCUCCGGCGCCGCCUCCGCCACCACCGCCGAUGGGGAGCAUGCCCCCGCCACCUCCUCCCAUGGGUUUCCCGUCCCCGGGGACCCCACCGCCCCCUUCGCCCCCUUCCUUCCCUCCUCACCCCGAGUUUGCUGCCCCGCCACCACCGCCGCCCCCUCCAGCGGUCGAAUAUGCCAGCGUGCUCCCACCUCCGCUGCCUCAGCCGGGCAGCGGGAGCGCGCCGCCUCCCCCUCCACCACCGCCGCCCCCCGGCCCCCCGCCGCUGUCUUCCAGUGGUCUGGAUGCCCCCCCGGCGCCACCGCCACCCUCGGACACCUCCGCCUCCAAGCCCAAGUCAUCCUUGCCUGCGGUUAGCGAUGCCAGGAGCGAUCUGCUCUCAGCUAUCCGUCAAGGCUUCCAGCUCCGCAAGGUGGAAGAGCAGCGGGAACAGGAGAAGCGGGACGUUGUGGGCAAUGACGUGGCCACAAUCCUGUCACGCCGCAUCGCCGUGGAGUACAGCGACUCUGAGGAUGACUCUUCGGAGUUUGAUGAGGACGAAUGAGCAGAUGAGGGCCUGGAGGAUGGGUUUUUCCAGGGCGUGGAUCGAGCUGAGAUCCAGCGCGACCCUGAGCACGAUCAGGAGAGAUUUACUGGACCUCUGCGCCAUUACGUUUUGUCAGCGAGUCAGCUGCAGAGCAGGAUGCAAAGGGCACAGCCAGCGAGGCAUCCCGACGGGCUGGGAACAUCUGAGCAGUGCUAGUUCCAGGUUCUGGAAGAGGGAACAAACCCCUCGAGUGCCAGUGAGCCGUUGUGCAGUGGAGGGACUUGGAAAUGCAAACCGAUUAUUGCUGCGAGCUGGGGAAGGGGGGCUGGAGGAGAAGCGCUGCCGCUGUUUUUCUGCUCUUUCCGUAAGCAUCCUCCUCUGGCUUCUCUUGGAGACAGGUUCCUGGGGAAAACGGACCUUUAAGCUAACCCAGGCUGACAGCAUUAUCACACAGGGAAGCGAGGAGCUCACAAAUGCCAAACCUGAGUUAAUUUUGAAUUGCCUUAAGUAGACUCGGCCCCUGUUGGGAAAGGGGAGCGAGUAUUUCUGUCGCGUGAAAUACAGAGAAGUGCCAUAUUCCGUGCGACCCAGAUGGAUGGGCUGUCAGGCAGGGCCGUGCCUCGGGGCGCUGGGGACACGGUUGCCCCAUGCUGCCUGUUGCACAAGGAUGCCGUGUGGGUGGGUGAUCGGCAUGGCCGCGGGUGGAGUCCGCUCCUCCGACUGCCUCGCCUGCUUGCGAAGCCCUCCUGGCAGCGGGAGGGACGCUGCUUUGUCCGUGCAAGCCUGCUGUGUAAGCACGGCUGCUUUCAAACGUGCUUCCCAAGGUGAGAACCAAAACGGUUGGGUCCUAAGCAGAGGGACUGUGGACAAGCGGGAGGGCUUCCUUUGUUUUGUGUUAAGUCUUUGACCAUGAAAAGCUCUAGCACGGAGAUCCCUGAGAAACAACUGGUGUAAAGUGACCGUCUGAGAGUAUCAUUGCAAAAUCGCAGAGCACUGGGCCACCAAGUAAGCUUAAUACUUCUUAAACCAGUAGGGGAAGAGGAGAGGUGCCAAAAACAACCUUUGCAAGGCAGAGCAGCUGUGCUGUACUGCAGGGCUGCUGCCCCACGUAGACCAAGGGCCUGCGCUCGACUCCCCUGCCAUUUUUGCUGGUCAUUGCUUAGUCCUUUUCUUUCCGCAUCAGGCUGGCUUAGACAGAGAGCCUCGAGCAUUUCACAAAGCCAAAAGCGAGAGCUGGCAGACUGGGUCCUCCCCUCUCUGCCUGCCUGGGGGGGAAGCCCCCAUCUUCCCAUUUCAGCCCGACUCGUGUCCGCGGGGAGACGCCGAGCCGGAGCAGCCAUUUCGCCCGUCCGGGAGCCCUUUGCUCCGGGCGUGCUGCCUCCCUCCGCGUGCACGUCGAGUUGGGGCAGGCCACCGCCGCCUCUCCUCCCCGGCGCCUCGCUCCUGGUUAAACAUUCUCCCGGUGUCCUCGCCCGCAGUGCUUGGCUGCCGGCAGCCUCUCCCCCGCCACCCCUCCUUUGCGCGCGCAGGGAAAGCCUCGUCCCGGCUCCCCGGGCUCAGCCCGGAGCCUCAUCUGUAGUCGGUGACCUUCACUGCUUUCUCCUCUCCUUAUCAGACCCAAAGCACCAGACCAGAUCGAGGGAAGGGGCUCCUGGAGGUCCCAGAUGGCCGAGAAACUGUGCGGAGUGUCAUUUCAGGGAAAGGAUAUUUUCAGUCCGUGAACUUAUUUAACGUGCCUCUCCUGGAAGCGCCUGCCCUUGACGGGCUCGGAGGGGAGCCCGCGCGGGGCAGGUGCUGCUGCUCUGGGUCCGGUUUCCUUGCUGUUGGAUUUUGGGCGUGCUUUUUUUUUUUUUUUUUUUUCUCUUUCGGUUUUAAACAAAGCCUUGAAGUGGGAAGUGGAUCGAAUGGUUUUUAUUACUGUAUUAACGUGCAUUUUAAUUCAUUUCAGAAACUAACUCAUUUUUCUUCCUGAUUAGAAUGUCUUAGAAUUAGGCGAGCUGUAACCCUCCCGAAGUGCCUUAUUUUCCUAUAUAUGAUAUAAAUAUAUUUAUAAGAGCAAUUAUUCCACUUGUAUUGUAGGGGUUUAUUGCUGAGCAGAGGAUGGGGUGGGAGGAGGGAUGGGGGCCGUGUCCUGAAAGCCCCCGUCCACGCCAGGGGCCAGGAGGGUGCUGUAGGACGGAUACUCAGGGCGCAGGGGGUUACUCGCUUCAGACCAAAGGAGCUUCAGCAGAGAAACUCCAUUUAAAAAACAAAAAAACACCUCACAAGCAAAACACUGUAGACUCGUUUGCUUUGGGUUUAUUUUUACCCCUGCAAAACAAAUGCUGGCGGCCAGACCCUGCUGCCUGGGGUGUGUGUGUGCAACAGGGAGAGCGGAGCUGGGUUUGUACCUGCGCAGCCGGGCGCAGACUCGCUACCUCCUGUUUUCCCGUGUCCUGUCUGUCUGUACUUCUCUCUGUCGGUUGCCGUGUAAGCCAGGCUUUCCUGCUGCCUUUUUUUUUUUUUUUUUUUUUUUUUUUUUUAUAAUCGGCUCAGUAACCCCUGGACGAAGAUCCCAAUUGCAAUUUUUUUUGGUAAUGUACAUGUAAAAAAAAAAAAAAAACACAAAACAAAAAACAAUUGUGAUCCUUUUUUAAAACUGUAAACUUGAUAAAAACCUUUCUAUCCAC